AUGGAAUGGUUUACUCCGCGUUCAAUAUCAAAUGACACAGAACAAACCGAAAUUUUCAUUAGCCCCCCUCGACUCCGAUUCGAUCCUCCACCAAGACUCCGGCUUGAGUUUGUCGGGACAGGUGCUUUGGUCAAAGCCUGGCCUUUAAGAGAUCCCACGUGUCCGACGAGAUGCGGAGGUGGAAAAUGGGUGAAGCUCGCAACCAUUCCAGAGCUCAAUUUUCUCGGGCUUGAUCGAUUCCAACAAAUAGAAGCGUCAACUAAUAAGACGGAGGAGGAUGCCUUUGCGGAGAAGCUACGCCUAAUUGGUGCAAGCUGGCAGGCAGAUUAUAUAGACUAUCACACUAUAGACUUCGAGGCAACAGAAAAUGUGUCCUUGUACGGAUGGCCUUCUACUGGCGGGUUAUGGGUUUAUCAAUAUGAUGGCUACGAACCUGUUAAGAUCCGUAUCCUCAACAGGCUUUCUGGGAUGUUAAGGUUGGCAAUCACUAUGGAUGAGCAGUCUCAGCUUUUGAAAGAUCACGGGGCGCGUUUCUACGAAGAUCCAAAACAAUACCCUCCGUUUGCUAACUUGACGACUCCCAAGGGAAGGGAUUAA